AUGGGAGACCCAGAGAAGGGAAAGAAGAUCUUUGUCCAGAAGUGCUCUCAGUGCCAUGUCUGUGAAAAAGGAGGCAAGAACAAGGUCGGACCUAACCUGUAUGGUUUCUUUGGCCGCAAAACCGGUCAAGCCGACGGCUUCUCUUAUACUGAUGCAAACAAAAACAAGGGUAAGUGGAAGCGUAUUAUCUGGACUGAGGAGACCCUUAAUGAAUACUUGGAAAAUCCUAAGAAAUACAUCCCUGGCACAAAAAUGAUCUUUGCUGGAAUCAAGAAGGCGGCAGAGAGGAAAGACUUGAUAGCAUAUCUUAAAAGUGCAAGUUCUUGUUAA